GCGCCGAACUGCGCAUGUGCAUAGACACGAUUUAAAGUUGUUUUUGACUAAAAUAACAACGUGUCAGUUUGUCACUUUCACGAAGUUGGAGUAAUACCAUAUACAACUUCUUAAGUAAUUGGCUCGAAUCUACGUUGUGCCUUUAGCUUUCGAUAAAAUGAACAACUAAUAUUCUUGCCCGCUUUAUAACGAUAUAUUUAUCUUCAUGGUUGGUUCAAAAUAUACCAUCUUCAACCUAGCCUGUAUGCAGUGUUUGCAGCAUGUGCCUUAUUUUCACAGCUGAUUCGGGAUGUUUUAUUCAAACCGCUGUUAGUAUGGCAGUUCGCCACAUUAAUCUAUGCAUAGUUUCUAUAUGUUUGCAUAGUGGCCGAUGUGAAGUCAUUUUCCCCUCCGUCGUAACUCCGAAAGUAAAGUGCUGAAGGUUGUAAAACUUGUUGAAGUAAAAGUGAAGUGUUCACUAUUGCGUAAUGAAUCCAGGAAGCAAUGGAAUGAUUUGCCCGCAUUUGUUUAGUGUCAAGUCAUGCAAGUGUCAGAACGAGUAACAACUAUGGAGCAACUAAAUGAAAUGCAGCUGAAGACUGUUGAGACCCAACUGAAAGAGCUAUAUCCUCAGUCGCAGCAGGUUUAUGGUUACAUUUUCCAGAUGAACAGAGUUAUGGCUGACCCGAUUCAGGUUUUUGUGGACCGCUGGCCAGAAUUCAAUGUCAUUCUCUGCAAACCACCAUAUGAGAAGGAGGGGGACCUAUUUAAAGACACAUGUGUUUUUACUAAAGAUGAAGCUUCUUUUAGGAAUAUCCUUGGAGAGAACAACAUAAUUGACUGGACAAAGUUCCUCUGUUUAGGCACCAGUCUUUGCUAUGAGGAGAUGGUGAUGGCGGUGGCUUCUGAGAGAAAGGUGCCCGUGAAUAAAGUGUCUGUGAGUCACAUGAUGAUGCUCCAGGAUCCAUCCCGCCUUCCACCUGUACAAAGUGCAAUUGAAUCAAUGAUAUCCUCACUGGACGAAUCCCAUACUGAUCUAGUCAACAAAACCUGGAAGUUCGGGAACACGGAGAACAGUUUCCAGAUGAUCCGGAACAUGAUCCGGCACUACCCGUCUUGCUGUGUGCUGGAUGCAGAGAGCCAGCUGCCCAUAGCCUGGGUUCUGACUUAUCCCUCCUGUGCCAUGGGUAUGUUGUACACCCUGCAGGAGCACAGAGGACAGGGCCUGGCCAAAGCCCUGGUCAGCAGCAUGUCCAGGAGACUCUAUUCUCAGGGCUUCCCAGUGUACUGCUUCGUUGAGGAGGAGAAUACACUGUCCUACAACCUUUUCACCAACCUGGGCUUUACUGAGGACCCUCAAUACAGGGCUGCAUGGUUUGACUUUAACAGUUUGUGAUUAAGGUCGUGCAUAGAGAUCAAUGUUGACAUUAAAAGCUAUGCUAUUAUCAAAAAAAAAAAAGACAGUGUGUGAAGAGAUCAUAUCAUUGCAGGAUGGACUUUGAGCAAAUAUUACUUUGAACAGUUAUUAAAUGUAUCUAUGCACACAAUUCAAAUAC